AGCCGUCGCGCGCCACCAGGAAAUGGUGGAGCUGUGGUGAUGAGCGUGUAGCUGCAGCGGACUGACAGACAGCAGAACUGGGAGGGGAAACGACCAGCAGGCAGCAACAGGCGUCAGCGACAACUUCCAGCACUCUGAGGGGUCUCGUGCAGUAGCGGGCGAAGAUGAGCGACGCGAAUCAUCCCAAAGUUGAACUUUUUGUGAAGGCGGGGAGCGAUGGUCAGAGCAUCGGCAACUGUCCCUUCUCCCAGCGUCUCUUCAUGGUGCUGUGGCUGAAAGGAGUCACUUUUGAUGUUACCACAGUGGAUAUGAAGAGGAAGCCAGACAUCUUGAAGGACCUGGCUCCGGGUGCCCAGCCUCCCUUCCUGUUGUACGGCAGCGAGGUGAAAACCGACACCAACAAGAUCGAGGAGUUCCUGGAGGAAAAUCUCUGCCCUCCAAAGUAUCCCCGUCUGGCUGCUCGUAACCCAGAGUCCAACACAGCCGGCAUGGAUGUUUUCUCCAAAUUCUCUGCUUAUGUCAAGAACUCAAACCCUCAGGCCAAUGAGAAUCUAGAGAAAGGUCUGCUGAAGGCUCUGAAGAAGCUGGAUGACUACCUCAGCUCCCCCCUUCCUGACGAGAUCGACGAGAAUAGCGCUGAUGAGGUCACUCCCUCCUCCCGCCCCUUCCUGGACGGCCAAGAGCUCACUCUGGCUGACUGCAACUUGCUGCCUAAGCUCCACAUCGUGAAGGUGGUGUGUUUAAAAUACCGGAGCUUCAGCAUCCCAGAGUCUCUGACUAACCUCUGGAGGUACCUGAAGGCUGCUUACGCCAGGGAAGAGUUCGCCUCCACCUGCCCAGUCGACGAGGAGAUCCACAUCGCCUACUCCUCUGUAGCUAAAGCUCUCAAGUAGGAGGACAGCAGGACACACAAGUCAUGAAUACACCAGCAGAUCAACAUGCAAAAGCACAAAAACAACACGCGUUUACUCACCUGCAUGCACACCAAGUGUUAACUCUGCAAGCAGCGCGUUCAACUUGUAAAGUAGUUUCUUGCAGCUUUAAAUGUCAACAUCACCUUUUAUAAUGUUGGAUCAUUCUGAUGAGUCAACAUGGCUUGUUUACUGUCAUUAAUUUGGUCUUAGGUUUGCUUUAGAGGGGUGUGUUCAUGCAGUUUUCCUCCUAAAAGGGAUGCUGUUAGUUGGCCAUAUGGAUCAGUCUACAUCAGUAAGAAAACAAGGACAUACAUAAGAUGAUGUAAACACGUUGUGGAUAAAUUUCCUUUUUCCUGGAUAUUCAGCUCUCCUGGAAAUUAAUGAACUUCUGGUUAUUUGUUGACCGUGUUGCUUGCAGGCUCUCUCUCUCACACACACACACUCACACACACACAAACUCAAACUAAAACUACAGCCUUGCUUGUGUACAGUUUCCCCAUCAGUAGAUACACACUGUAAAGAUGGAAAUGUUCCCUUCUUGACAGCAUUUGCUACAGUAUAUUUUGGAUUUUUGGGGCGGGGUAAAUUCAACAGACACAAAGCUGCCUAUCAGAUCAGACUUGCACCAGUACCUUCCAAGCCUCACACAAGCUGAUUCACCUCUCAUUUUCAGUCUUGUUAUUAAGGAAAUGGGUGGUUUUAUGGUGACAAACAUGCACACCAGCGUCAGCUCACCUGCCAACGUGUCUUUUGUGGUUUUUCUGCAAUCACAGAUGCUUCACAUUGACUUUAUUAUUUAACUACUGAGGAAACAAGGCAUUUAACAAAGAAGGCUUACAAGCCAACUUCUAUUUUAAAUGUCUUAUUCUUCAUAGUGCACCUCAGAGAGGAAGUGGGGGCUUUUCCUCAGCCUGCAGACCAGGUCUUGCUUUAGUGAGGCAGAGCAGCAAACAGUUACAUAGACAGGAAGCUAUUUCAAUAGACGAGGGCUUCCCCUUUCUCUGCUCCCACAGCAGGCGUGAAGGAUUAGUCAAGAUUACUGAGCUUGUUUGUGAUCUGCUGUCAGGGCCCCUUGCCAACAGUUUAUGUUGCCUGUCAUGUAUGAAGGAUCUUUUUUAAUGUCAUAUGAAAGGGUGAGAUCAGGUUGUGGUUGCAUUGAAGUUGCUGUAAAUGAAGAAGCAUAGGCUGUUGUGAACCGCUUAAGUGCUACACUGAACACACUUGUCCUCACUCCACUGGUAGCUCGAAGCAGAAGGCCUGUUCUGUUGCAUGCGUGAAAAAAACAGCAGGAAGUUAAAUAUAGACAUGCACAGUGUUUGAAAUGAAAAUAGCGUCUGCAGCUUUAGUUUGUAGGCCAUUAUUAAUUAAAGAAUAAGCCUGGAAAUAUUCUGUAUUAUUGUCAACUAAAAGCAAAACUAACAGUAACACUGGGUGAUGUAACGUUAGCAAACGUCACUCAAACAGGAGUCAGUUUACGGCAGAGGGAUGGUGUGUUUGGGAUUGAUUCAAAAUGAAUGAUUCAAAAAUUUGAGAUCAAUUUCACUUAACUUUGGUGGUCCCUUAACUUUUUAUCCAACACCAUCAUCAGGUCAAACUUUUAAGUCACAUUCCCCAAAAAACUUUGUGUUUGAUGCUAAUUAAUGUUAGCAUGCUAACACACUAAACCUGCUAAACAUCAGCAUGUUAGCAUGGUCAAUUUGAGCAUGUUAGCAUCCUGACGUUAGAAUUCAAGUCGAGGUGUCAUGCGAUUUGUUGACAAUUAGAAACGUUUUUGAUACACUGCAAAAACUCAGCUUUCAAAAACAAAAAAAUCUGUAAAAUGGGAAAAUAUUUAAGAAUGAUCUAUUUUAAAAACAAGUCAAACCAUCUUCUCUCAGAAAAUCAUUAUCUUCACAGUAGUGCAGCAAGACUAAAAAGCAAGUACAUUUGUCUGGGUAUAAAGAAAAUCAGACUUCUAUUGAUCACACAGCUUAAAGUUUCAAACAUUAAGUUACUCAAAAUCAGUAAUAAAAUCUCGGUAAGAAUUUGUAUAUCUUAUUAAUAUAAUUAAGCACAAAAAAGCUUGAAACAAGUGAAAUUCUCUACCAUAAAAAACUGCCUGUAGCUUAUCUGACAAAAAAAACGUAUAUUGCCUUGAUUUAAGAUAUCUCAUCUUACUCAGUUUUCAAUUUUUGCAGCACAGCACUUGACUUAUUCUUAAUUAAAAAUCUUGUAUACUUAGUGAUUGCUGGCUGUGGCUUGACUGACGCUGGAACCAAUAAUCACACGCCUUGUCCACCUGUAGUACCAGCUUGUGUAGAGCAUUUUAUUAUUUUCACAGCGCCGUGCAAAUUAACAUUUACAGAGGCUUUGCAAUUAAAGAUUGCGUUUAUGCAGCAGUUAGCGAUGCGCACGUUUGUGGUGAGCUCAAGGUAACCUCACUAUGUGUCAUGUCUGUCAGACCAGGAUGAAAAAAAGAAACCUAAGUGCAAUUUAACAUGAUUAUAAAGACAAACUUUGAUUAUAUUAGACAUCCAGUGUGAGCACAGCUGGUUAUUUUUCUACAUGAUUUUAAUCACACGUGUUAAAUCCGUGCUUGAUGAACUGCUAGGUGGCUAAUGCAAGCGUUGAUGAAGGAGAUGAUAAUGUAUAUUUUACUUGACUGAAUUGUUGUGGGCCAACAUUUUAAGGGAUCGUGUCUGAGUAAUUUCGGGGCUGAAAUAAUUUCAGUGCUGAUGUGUUUUAGUAUUUCUUCUCUCCAAGUGUGGAAGAGUUUUUCACUUCUUACUGUAGGGCUUAAUACAACUUCAGGGACCAUUUAAUUUGAUAUAUUCAUUCAGAUGUUGCUUUAAUUAGUGUAUUUUUCACUUCACUGUCUUUAACUCUUUUUUUUUUAUCUUCACAUACAUGUAUUUUCUUUGUUAUGACACCCAUCUUGUGCUUUUCCUACCUGUUUGCAUUUCCCUACACAUAUUUUAGCCUUUUUUUGUCUUUUUUUUUCAUGCUUUUUGCCAUGUAGUCCAAAGCAGUUGCACUUAAAAGUCCACCGGAUCAAAACAAUGGUGUGGACACUAAAACAGUAGAUUUAAAUCAACAAUGAAGACAAUCAAACUAAUAGCACAGCUGAAAUGUAUUUUGUACUUUGAAACUCUUACAAAGACACAUGUAUUAAUAUCCUAAUAAAGAAACAUUUGAUAUUAAAUCAGUGACAGAUGUGUUUUUACUUUGUCAAGGGUAACAACAUGGUCAAGAAGUCAAGAACGUUUCAAGUCUGCAAAAGCUGUAGACUCGAAGCUCAGC